AUGGCCCACCGCCUCUCCCAGAUCUCCUCCCACCUCAACUACCCCAAAGGCCUCCUCGCCAAUCAAGUCGCCAUCAUCACCGGCGGCGGCCAAGGCAUCGGCGCCGAGACCGCAAAGCUAUUCGCCAAUGAAGGCGCCAAGGUCGUCAUUGCUGAUAUUGAUGCUGAAAAAGCCACCAACACAGCCAACGCCAUCAAUGCCGUGGGCCCGAACCGGGCCAUCGCCGUCACGGGGGAUAUUCUCGAUGAUGCAUACAUCGAGACGUUGGUGAAGAAGACGGCCGAGUUCGGGAAUGGCAAGAUUCAUGUUAUUGUUAAUAAUGCUGGGUUUACGUGGGAUGGGGUGAUUCAUAAGAUUACGGAUAAACAAUGGGAUACUAUGUUGGCUGUUCACAAUACGGCGCCGUUUAAGCUGGUUCGUGCUGCGGCGAAGUAUUUCCGGGUGAAGGAUGGAGAGCCGCGGGUGAUCAUUAAUAUCAGCAGUACGAGUGGGAUUCAUGGGAAUGCAGGCCAGGCUAACUACGCCCUCGCCAAGGCCGGAGUGGUUGGACUCACCAAGACCAUCGCCAAAGAAUGGGGUCCGGCGUUCGGGGUCCGGUCGAACACCAUUGCCUUUGGCCAUGUGCAGACCCGGCUGACGGCAGCCAAGGAGAAGGGCGCGUUCAUCACCACGCCAGACGGCACCAAGGUGGCGCUGGGCAUUCCCGGGAAGCAGCUGGAGUCGCGCCAGGGCGGCGCGGGCGAGCAGAAACAGACGUACCCGGAUAUUCCGUUGGGAAGACCUGCCUCGCCCGAGGAGGCGGCGAAGUCCGUUUUGGCCGUCGCUAGUCCCCUGUUCUCGUAUGUGACGGGUGAGACGAUUCGGGUUACUGGUGGCAGGAACAUGUAG